AUGCAUUUUCUGCAGAGUCUUGUGCUCCCACACUACCACCCCGUGCCUGGAUAUCGUACUUUGGGGUUGCUACAUUUUGCCAUUGCUUGCCAUCCACCCUAUUUUCUCUUCUGCCACUUCAAGAUGCGCCGUCGGCUGGAACGUCGCCGCCCUUUCUUUGGUGUCUCGGGCUCGCGGUCGCCGUCUCUGUCCCGAUCCUCGACCUCAUCAAGUAGCUGUUCUAGCCGAUCGGCAAGCCCAACGCUACGCUUUUGGCGCAUUGCGAUCCAUGGCCUCCACAUCCCUCGCCGUCUCUUACGCGAUAGCACCACUUUGCACAACAUGAUCACGCUCUUAGGCAUGCCUGGACAAAGCGAUCGGCAUGACCUUGAAACUUUUAUUCAACCAGACCAGCUUCGCCUCCUCCUCACCCUCUACCGCCACACACCAGCCACCCUGCGCGAGAUGACCCUCGUUGACUUGCUCCAGCUGCACGGCAUCAUUGACUUUUUGGACGUGCCGCGCUGGCAUCGGCACGUGCAGCAGACGUUGGUCCAUCGCAUGCUUCAAAACCCUGAAGGCACCCUGCCGGUUCUCCUGAGGCAUGCCUCUUGGGACAUGUACCCGAUGUUGCGCCAGUUGCCCGAGCUGACGGUUCGCCAAUGGUCUCGCAAUCAACUCCUCCCCGUGCAAGUGUACCGUGAGGCCUUCCCCUGCCACUUUCGCUUUCCUCGAGUCGUGUUGCAGCGUGAGGCCACCGAUAUGGCUGGCUUGCUGACGACACACCAAGCCCACCCGCAGCCCGGCGCAUCUGCUCAUUCCUCGAGAAGAGGGCUCUGA